AACAAAAAUGCUGUUAAAAUGUGUCGCUCUUUUCUUUGCAAUUCAACAAGCUAUCAGUCAACAAUGUUCUCGAAAGGAAUUCCAUUUAAAGUUUAAAGGAAAACUUUCUGCUGACGCCUAUCAAACCAUUUUCUCGGCCAAUGGAACAUCUUUUGGAAAUGCUAUGCACAAAUGUAUUAAAUUUUGUCAUGAUGAUCAACGCUGUAUCGGAGUAGAGGUGUGUGAAAUGAAUGUAGAGCUGUUCACGUGCCGUGCUUGUUGUGAAUGGAUGAAACUGGGAAAUUACACCGAAACACAACCUGGUUGCAAAUAUUUGGAAAUGGUUGAUGAAAAAGGCGAAAACCUUGCAGCAACCGGCAAAUUAAGUACAAUUUACGGACCAUCUCCUGGAUCAAAUGCAGUAGAUGGCAUCACGUUUUGUAGCAUGGCUGGUACAUUAGCACACACCGAUUCAGAAAGGGCACCCUGGCUAAGAAUCGGCUUGAAACGAAAAGUUGCGGUUUGGAAAGUGGUUGUGUACAACAGAGAACAUUGCUGUGGUGAUAGACUACACGAUGUCUCAAUGAAUGUCACCGGGAAUGGAAUAAAUCAUCUGUGUGCCUUUUACCCUGGUCCAGCUGCCACUGGAGAUCGUACCCUGUUUUUAUGCAAAGGUGGAAUCAUCGGUGACACUGUCACAAUCACGAUUCAAGCAAAGGAAGGACAAACUGAGUACCUUAAUCUCUGUGAAGUGGAAGUGUAUGCUUAUCCUUAAAACGCUGAUACCUGAUCUUAAUUACAGGGUUAUUCAAUGUCCUCGUUGUUAAAUUUGAUCCAAUUUAACACACUCAGUACAGUAGGAUCACACUCUAAUUACAACUGCGCAAAAAAAAAACCCACACAAGGUUGAUUUCUCUUCUCUCUUGGUGAACAUUUUAAGUAAACAGUUAAAUUCCCUAUACACAUGUUUGUACCUUAUUUCAGUCAGCUAGAGAUUUAACAGCUAACCUUUUAC